CCAACGAAUUUAUUAGUCCAUGAUUAGCGAGCAAGUUAAGAAGCGGAAUAGGUUCGUUCGUCCGUUGAUGUUGAGAGUUUCCUUUUUUUAGUUUCAUAAAUUAAAUUUUUGUUGCUGUUGCUCCUAAGAGUCAUCAAGUGAAUGGUUAAAAUAAAAUUAAAAUUGUGGUGAAUAGCACAAUUAUGUUCGCCGUUUACGUAUUCGUCUCGUUUAACUCGUACUCCGCCGUUUGCGUCGCAGCCACCGCUACCGCCACCGCCGCCGCGCGGGAUUAAAACUGUAUCUUCAUCUCAUAAUCAGCUCAACUUUAUAACAAAUUAAUAUAAAAUUUCAUUUUAAAUCAUCGAAUUUUGUUUGCAACAACGUUUUUUGGAUAUUACACUUAUAAAUAAGAAAUCAAAAACUAAUCAACACUGCAACACCACACCAGAGAACCAGACAAUCAACAGUCAUCAGUUUUUCGCCUCAUCAGCAUAAAAAUAUACAUUUGAAAAACAAAAUCGUAAAAAAAAAACCAAAAACACAAAAUUGCAAUCGUGACUGCAACUUAUCUAAUAUUGAACCGCAAAUGAAUAUGAAACUCAAACUCAUGGAUAAAAAUUCAAUUCCAUCGAGUAAAGAACGCGUGUACGCCGUUACGAUCGUGUGAAUUAAUUUCCCAAAAAAAAUAAUUAAAGAAAAAUCCUAAAAUCUACAAAAUAAAAUUAAGAAAAAAAAAAAACAGUGAAUUCGACAAAAAGAAAUCAAACUGCCGCUGUCGCUGCCUCUCUGCCUGCCGCCAUUAAAACGACGACGACGCUGAAGCUGACGCCGACAACGACAACGACAACUACGAAAACGACGGACGAGAAAAAUUCGUAGGAAAUUCUUAAUUUGUUUUUGCUGUUCGAAUUCCGAGCGAAAUUAUGCCAAAAAUACACAAUCAUGGUGAAUUUCCACUGCCAGAUGGUUGGGAUGUUGCUAAGGAUUAUGAUGGAAAAAUUUACUAUAUUGACCACAAUACUAAGAAGACAACAUGGCUGGAUCCACGCGAUCGAUACACAAAGCCACAAUCUUUUGAGGAUUGUAUUGGCGAUGAGCUUCCCGUUGGUUGGGAAGAAGCUUAUGACACAAAUAUCGGUCGUUAUUAUAUUAACCACAUUAGUCAAACCACACAAUUGGAGGAUCCAAGACAAGAAUGGAAGAGUGUCCAAGAGGCGAUGCUUCGAGAUUAUCUCAACGCCGCACAGGACGUUCUGGAGAAGAAGAGAGAAAUGUAUGAUGUUAAACAACAGCGUUUGCUAAUUGCCCAAGAUGAAUUCAAUCAUUUGAAUACUUUGGCCGCUAGUCGUAGUAGUUUAUGUUCAUCAUCAAGCUCGAUCAAUACCCGCCAUGAUCCGGACCUUUUGCGCGCUGAUCUAGUCUUAGCCAAGGAGCGCGUUCGUCGUCUGAAACAAGAACUUCAUCACAUCAAUACUGACAUAUCGUACACCCAGCGGGGCGUUAAUACCCUCUAUUCGGUGGGCGAAAAGAUCAAUGCCCGCCAAAAUGGUUGCUACGACAUUGCAGAAGUUCAAGCCAUCCGCGAAGAAAUGCUCAAGGUGCAAAAAUCACUCGUAUCCGGUGAAAAGGUACGCGAAGAACUCAUGCAAAGUCUAGUACAAAUCAAAAACGAGCUCAGCCGACAGCAAUAUAGCGAAGAAGCAGCUGCAGAUCUACUCAAUGCCACCUCACCAUUUGAUCGGGUUUGUGUAGCGUCACAAACCGACCUCUGCGGAGCGGCUAAUGAUAGCAUGAACAGCGGAGCUAGAUUCGCUGAAAUGUUCAAAACCAAACUGCAAUACAGUGAAUGGCGCAAACGAAUCAAGCAAUUGCAACAACAGUUGGCCGAUCAUGUGGAACGCAUCGAGCCCGGCCAAUUAGAAUCGGACAAAGAUCGUUUGCUUUUGAUUCAAGAAAAGGAGAAGCUGCUGACAGAGCUGAAGAGCAUUUCGAUGAAAAACAAAUCCCAACAGGAGAUCCUAAUGAUCGCACAGACGAGACGAAAAUUGGAAGAGGAUCUGAACGAAGCAUAUGAGGCUACCAAUCAAUGCAUUGCCAACCGCUUGAGGUUGCACGAAGAAAAACAAACACUUCUUGCUAAGCUGCAAGAGGCACUCAAGUCAACAAAAAUGCUGGAAGAACGACUCAAGUCAUUCUCAUCCGAGAGCACCUUCUCGAUCAGCAGUGGCUCCAGUUUGGGCUCACUAUCAACUGCCAGCAGCAAGAGUGCCCUCAGCUUCACAGACAUCUACCUGGAUCCAUUGUCAGUGGAUCCACAAAUCGAUGUGGUCGAUCUGCAUCGAAGGUCACAAGGCCUAUUCCAGAUGCAAUCUGCCAUGUCAUUAUCUCCUCGUAGCAGUUUGUCAAUGGAAACACCACCAGCGUCUCCAAUGAAAUACACCGAUACCCCCAAGGAGGAGCCAACAUACGCAAAUGCGUCCAACUUCAAUUUGCCACAGCAACAACAAAAACAAAAAACACCAAACUACGAUCUGGAUUCAGCAGUUCUGGACGUUAUGAUGUUGGAGGAGAAGCUCCACGACCUAAAGACGGUGCCAAUCAAUCUAGCCGCCCCAUUGUCACCCAUCUACGAGAAACCAUCCCUGCUAGAUCUGCCUCAAGAAAUGCUCAGUCGAUCAUCGUCCACAUCGAACACCCGGUCAGUUUCUGCUGCGGUUAGUAAUGAGUCUGUGGCCGGUGAUUCAGGAGUAUUCGAAGCGUCACGAGCUCAUUUGCCGCGAAAGGAACUUGCUCAAGUUCAAAUUGGCUUGAAAUACUUUAAGAACGAGGCUAUUUUCGUAGUUUCCCUUGAGAGAGCAAAUAAUUUAGCAGCAUUGCUGACCACUGCGACGGACAAUUCUCAGGUGUACCUUCGUGCUGCUCUCCUGCCGAAUUCCCUGCAAUCCAUUCGAACAAAAAACGUUUCCGACUUCCAUAAGCCAAUGUUUGGUGAUAAUUUUGCUGUGCCAAUUUCGUUGAGUAAACUACUCACGAAAAAUCUUCACGUUACCGUGAUUUGUGUUACUGGCCAAAAAGAAGAGAUCAUUGGAACUGUUCACAUAAGUUUGGCUGAAUUUAAUGCUGAUGACUCCACACUCAAAUGGUACAACGUCCUCAGCUCAAGAUUUAUGCCCAGCUUUGAUGGCAAAGAGGAAUCUUCCGACGAAUCAACAAUAACUUCAUCCCAAACAUCGACUCUAACGAGAAACCAAGCUCCUCCGUUCGAAAUGCAAGCACAGAUCGCCGAAGAACUCAAAGAGUAUUUAAAUUUGAAUGACGAUGCUGAAGAGGAAGACGAAGAAGAUGAGCCCGAAGAAGAGGAAGAAGAUGCUACUGGCGGUGAUUAUGCUGAAUUAACGAGAAAAAUGCUAGAUGCCUAUAUGAAUAACGUAAAACAAGAGUACGCCGACAAAGAAACGAAUACCGAGUGUGCCUUCCCCCCAGAGAAAUGCCGAGCCAGGCUAAGUGAUCCCACCUCCCAACAGCAGCAGCAACAGCAACAAUCAGCCAUUGACGACAGACCCGUCAAGCGAUCACAAACUUUUACGCCUAGCGCUGCUGUUGGUAAAAGUCGUUAUACCUGCCGAUUGAAUCGUAGUGAUUCGGAUUCUGCUAUGCACUUUGGUGUUACACCACAUCCAUUCCAUAGAGGAGCCGUUGAAAGGAGAUCACUGCGAUUCCACACAAAGACUUCAAAACCAGUCACAAAACUUCAUCAUACUCAUAUCCCAAGAACAAGCUUAGAUCUAGAGUUGGAUCUUCAAGCGCAACAUAGCAAAUUAGAUUUUCUUAACGAUGAAAUUAUUAAGUUGCAGAAUUUAAAACAAACCCUUGAACAAGCCCGAGAUAAUCGAGAUACAAAGAUAGCAACAUGGGCAAUGGAAAAUGAAGAAUUCCAAAGAUUAGUUGAACGUGCAGAUCCUGCUAAAUGCCCUGAAGAAAAACAACUUCAACGAUUGCUGCAUAAAACAUCAAAGGAAAUCUAUAAAUUGCGCAAGACCAAAGUUGCCAAAGGAUCAGUAGAUUUGGUCUCUUUCAAAGAAAAAAUUGCCUUCUUCACCCGCAAAGGCCUUUCAGUGCCCGAAUUACCCAUGGAAUUCAUGGUAAACGAAGAAGAUGUCAUCGAAGAAGAUGAAGCUGAAUAUGAAAAUGAUGGUUACAAUACAAAUCAACCACCCGCAAUAGCAAUCAAUACAGCUCUUGUAGAAGCCAGCACCAAUAGUCUACCAACAAAGAAUCUCAUAGUUGCAUCCUCAUUGCCACCAUCAGUAGUUUCUUCAUCUGUUUCAUCCUCAUCUGCAUCAACAACAACAACAUCAACACCAAUAUCCACACCAUCUAAAACACCAUCCGCACCAUCUGCCAAUUGCAUGCCAAGGGAAUUACCAUCCUAUGCAGCUGCAACAGCUGCUUCAAAAUCAAGAGCCGCAGCAGCAGCAGCAGCGGCGGCUGCUGCCCUAGCGGCUACAACAGCAGCAACAAAUGCAUGUCAACCAUCAACAUCAGCAGCUGCUCUAGCAGCAGCAGCAGCUGCACCAGUCACAACAACGUCCAGCAAUACAGAUGAAGCUUCCAAUUCCGAAAACAGUCGGUUUGAUUAUGUAGUAGAUCGAACCUAUGGCGUUGAGGUCUAAAAGGAGCUUCAAAAACUAUUUGAUUGGAAUUUGUUGUAAAAAGAACACACAUACAUUUUAUUUGGUAUUCAAAAAAAAUAAACAAAAUUGUUAAUAUUCAAAUCUAAUUAUGUGUAAUUUUAAAAAUAAGACUUUUAAAAAGAAAAAAGGUUUUCAAAAAAAACAUACAAAUUAGUAAAAACUGAUAAUCUAUUGUGCCUUAAAGAGGAUUAAUUUUUGUAUUCUUUUAUCAAAGGACAUUUGAAUAUUUAAAAAAAAAAUUAAAAAUAAAACAAAACAAAAAUAAAAUUAACAAAUUUUGUAAAUUUAAGUUUAUUUAAAUUAAAUUAUAGAAACGCUAAUAUUAUGAUAUAUAUUUUUAUACAAAACCUAUAUAAUUAUUCAGAUAUAUAAAAUUUAAAUUUAUAAAUAUACCUACACGUAUAUUAACACUAUGUAAAUAAAUAAACAAUAUUUUAUAUUUUAUAAAACAAAACAAACAAAAAAAAACAAAAAAACAAAACAUUUUAAAUUAAAGCUUGCGUUUUUGUUGAGCUGUAUAUAAAUAACAUAUAUUAUAAAAUAUUUAAACAAAACAGAAAUGAAUUUAAUUAAUUAUUAAUAAUUAGUAUAUUAUAUUUUAUUUGCUAUAAAAUUGUAGUUAGCGAAGAGAUAUUACUAUGUAGUAUAGCUGCCUAUUCAUUGUUAUUUUAAAGUUAUGUAGUUUGUUAAAGAAAAUUCAAAAUAAACAAAAACAAAAAAACAACACUAAAUAAAUAUUAAUAAAUUAUAAACAACAAAAACAAAUCUAACAAAUUUGAGUAUAUUUUUUAUUUUCUCUUACAUUUAACAAAAAAAAGAAAAACAAAUAUUUUUAUAUUAAAAAUAAACAAACAAAACAAGAAAAAUAUGCAAAGCCCUUUAAACCACCAAAAUUAAUAAUAACUAAAAAAAAAACAAAAUAUAAAGAUUAGUUAUAUAUUUGUAUUUUGUUUAUAAAUAAUUAAAAACAAAAAAGGCUCUAAAAAUGCCAAUGUCUUGUAAUAUAUAAGUUCUUCUAUCCUGUCUUUUGCCUUUUUUUAAAGAAAAUAACACAUCUUUUUAGCAAUUGUGCAAUAAAACAAUGGAAACAUAAACUAAAAACUAAUUUAAACUAAAUAUUAAAAAAACUAAUUUUGUUUUUUAAAUAUAUAUUAUACAUAAAUAUAGACCUACUAAAGAGAACAAUGUGUCUGUAUUUAAAUCAGAACAAAUUAAAUUAAUUAAUUAUAUAAAUAUUAUUAUUA